GGGGAGAGGAGUGGGCUAUUCACUCAUUGGUACCGGCUCGGGGAGCGGCGAAGACCCCUACACGUUAAUUAUUUUCCCGACAGAAAGAUCCCUUGACAUCUACACCUAUUGCAGGGAUCCACUCUCCGAUCUAAAUCAUUGUUUAUAAUCUGUGUAUAAACAGUGGCGUGGUGAGAAGGGGACCCCUGUGGUCAGACAACCCAACGCCAGGCCUCAUGCUCAGGUGAUGAAGAUCCUAUGACUCAAGAGGGUGAUGGAUACAGCCAGCCUCAGCCAUGGUGGCCAUCUUUUUACACACACAGACUGGUACACUCUGAGACCAGGAACAGGACCAGUCUCUCCCCUGAUCGCCACUUAUCUAUACCCAUACUCCUCGCUCUCGGUCACCGACCUACUGCUUUGUGAAUGAGGCUGAUGAUUUGGCCUGUCCCUGUCCGCAGCCUGGGUCCUUCCCUAACCCUGUCCUUGUCCGUGCACCAGCCUGGGUCCUUCCCUAACCCUGUCCUUGUCCGUGCACCAGCCUGGGUCCUUCCCUAACCCUGUCCUUGUCCGUGCACCAGCCUGCGGGGACCAUGGAGUUGCUGUGGGUGUUGUGUGUGUCCUUUUUGAUUGCUCCAGCAGUGGUGGUGGAGGCCAUCCCCAUGGAGUCUGCAGCUGGGAGCCACAGCAUGUUCACCUGUGAACCUAUCACCCUGCGCCUGUGUCAGGGGCUGCUCUAUAACUCCACCUUCAUGCCCAACCUCCUCAACCACUACGACCAGCAGACCGCCGCGCUCGCCAUGGAGCCCUUCCAUCCCAUGGUGAACCUGCAGUGUUCCUCAGAGCUGAGGAUGUUCCUGUGUGCCCUCUAUGCUCCGGUGUGUACUGAGUACGGACGCAUGACGCUGCCCUGCCGACGGCUGUGCCAGAGAGCCAAGGGAGACUGCUACAAACUCAUGGACAUAUUCGGAGUCACCUGGCCAGAAGAGAUGGACUGUAACAGGUUCCCAGACUGUGACGAGCCAUACCCCCGUCCUGUAGACCUGCUCUCCAGCGCAGACUCCACUGAGUCGCCUAUCUCCGUCCAGCGCGACUAUGGCUUCUGGUGCCCCCGUGAGCUCAAGAUCGACCCCGACCUGGGCUACACCUUCCUGGGCAUGAGGGAUUGCUCACCCCCCUGCCCCAACAUGUACUUCCAGCGGGACGAGCUGGUGUUCGCCCGCUACUUUAUUGGCGUGGUGUCCAUCGUCUGUCUCUCGGCAACACUCUUCACCUUCCUCACCUUCCUCAUCGACGUGUCCAGGUUCCGCUACCCGGAGCGGCCAAUCAUCUUCUAUGCCGUGUGCUACAUGAUGGUGUCGCUGGUAUUCUUCCUGGGCUUCCUACUGGAGGACCGGGUGGCGUGCAACGCGGCGAGCCCCGGCCGCUUCCGGGCGCACACCGUCACCCAGGGCUCCCACAACAAGGCGUGCACGUUGCUCUUUAUGGCGCUCUACUUCUUCACCAUGGCAGGCAGUGUGUGGUGGGUCAUCCUCACCCUCACCUGGUUCCUGGCUGCCGUGCCUAAGUGGGGCAGCGAGGCCAUAGAGAAGAAGGCCCUGCUCUUCCAUGCCUGUGCCUGGGGCCUGCCCGGCUGUCUCACCGUCACUCUACUAGCAAUGAACAAGAUAGAAGGGGAUAGUGUCAGCGGGGUGUGUUUCGUGGGGCUGUAUGACCGCACGACGCUGAGAUGGUUCCUGCUGGCUCCCCUGGGUCUGGAUGUAUUGGUGGGCGUGGCGUUACUGUUAGCGGGAAUCCUUGCAUUAAACCGAGUGCGUAUGGAGCUCCCUCUGGCGAAGGAUAACCAGGACAAGCUGGUGAAGUUUAUGAUCCGUAUUGGGGUGUUCUCUGUGCUCUACCUGGUCCCUCUGUUGACGGUCAUAGCCUGCUACCUCUAUGAGAACAGCUAUAGGACUGUCUGGGAGACUACCUGGGUGCAGGAGCGCUGCAGAGAGUACCACAUCCCCUGUCCAUACCAGAUUGAGCAGACCAACAGACCAAACCUGUCUCUGUUCCUCAUUAAGUACCUGAUGAUGUUGGUAGUCGGGAUCCCUUCAGUGUUCUGGGUGGGCAGCAAGAAGACCUGUUUCGAAUGGGCCAGCUUCUUCCAAAGACAGAGACACAAAGAUAGUGUGGUCAACGAGAGUAGACAGGUGCUCCAGGAGCCAGAUUUUGCCCAGCUGCUCCUGCGAGAACCCAACACCCCCAUCACCCCCAUCGUGAAGAAGUCCAGGGGGACGUCCACGCAGGGCACCUCCACCCAAGCCUCCUCCACCCACCUGGCCAUGCUGGACGAGCCCCCCAGCGGGAGCACAAGCCGGGCAAGCAGCGUCCGCAGCACCCGAAGCAAGAUGAGCAGCUUCCAUGGAAGUCUUUAUAAAUCCAGAGAUGGCAGGUACACGCCGUUUAGUUUCCGCGGAGUCGAGGAUCGCCUCCCCUAUGGCAGCAUGCCCCUCCUCAACGACCAAUCAGGGUUCAGACACUGCAGCACCAACCGUCUGGACAGCAUAUCAAAGCACGGCUCCACCCAGGCCAUUCAGAGCGCCCCCGGCAAUGGAAUCCUAGAGGAGAAUGGAACCACGGCCUGAACUACCCCCUAGACUCUACCCCGUAGCUAAAACCCAUGCCAUCCUUUUAGAUAUACAACUAGGGGGUAGAGAUUGAUUUUGGACUGGGCAUACUAGACCUUUGUGUGACAGUUUUGAGAGUAAGGAGAUUGUGAGGAAACAGGACAUACUGGACAGUUGUUUGAUAAUCAUACUUCAACAUGUCCCCUCACUCAACCUCACUAAACAUCACUGAUAAAUGAAGAUAGCAGACGACUUGGAUUCAGCGGACAGUGUAACUUGGACCUGCAGGUGUGAGACCUGACCCAAUAACACUGACAUGGAAGAAGAACAUUUUUUAUUGGAUACAGAGGAGUAAUCUCUCCAACGCGGUUUGUUCUCUGUUCUGGAGUCAGCUCUAUGUGAAAGACACUGUUUUGGAGUCAGCUCUAUGUGAAAGACACUGUUCUGGACUCAGCUCUAUGUGAAACACACUGUUCUGGAGUCAGCUGUAUGUGAAAGACACUGUUUUGGAGUCAGCUCUAUGUGAUAGACUUUGUUCUGGAGUCAGCUCUAUGUGAAAGACACCGUUCUGGAGUCAGCUCUAUGUGGAAGACACUGUUUUGGAGUCAGCUCUAUGUGAAAGACCUUGUUCUGGAGUCAGCUCUAUGUGAAAUACAUUGUUCUGGAGUCAGCUCUAUGUGAAAGACAUUGUUCUGGAGUCAGCUCUAUGUGAAAGACGCAGCGCGGGGAUCAGUUUCAUGUGAAGGACGUUUUACUGGGAAGACUUUCAAGAGCUUCUUAUCAAUCGGCAUAAGAGCGUCUGCUAAAUGACGUAAAUGUAAAUGUUCCACUACUCAGGGGGGUGAAAAAGGAUCAAUCUAAGGAUUUUAGAAUCUAGUUCGCUCCAUUAUUGGUCACACAAGCAAAUGCUGCCAAAGCACUCCUCUUCAAAAGCCAAUACUUUAUUCCUAUUGACUACAUUGUUUACCUGUACGAGAACCACUGUAGACGGGUCUCCAAAACCAGUUCUACUACUAUACAUUGAGGUACUUUUAUACGUCUAUUGUUUUCAUUGCACUUCUGAUGGAGGCAGUUAAAGGUACUGUAUGUGAGGUGUAGGGCCAGGAGUCUUUCCUGACUGUGAUCUGCCCAGGGGAAACUCAGGGUCCUAGUGAUAACGUGAAGGAGAUUGGGACAGUGUCCUGUCCUGUUGUCAAUCAAUUGAAAACAAUUGACGAUGAAUCAAUGAAUCAGCAAUUGUGAAGUGAAAGGCUGUAUUGUAUUACAGGAUAAAAGCUGACCUCCAAACUCCAGCCUUAUAGGUAGAAUAUUAUAGUGUUCUUUUCCCCUCCAGUUAGAAUUAGAAUCAGUUGUAUUGUUCCUCCCCUUCUAUGAAGUGUAUACUUACUUGUAUAGAUAAAUGUUAGCCACAACUUAUUCUAGUAAUGGCAACGUGAAUAGAUGUAAAUUUGAUUUUUUUG